UCCAUACAAUUCCUCCUUCAUUCCAUUCCCUCCUUCACCUCGCCCCUUUCCCAUACAUACAUACAUACCACGCAAGCGCCUCGCCUCUCUCCGCCGCCGCCGUCUCCCGCCGAUUGAAACCCCCCAAUUCCCCAGCACGAAUUUGAUGUCUGAUCACAAAAAUAACGGAAAUGGGGGGAGGAAGACAUCCCAUUCCCAUCUGACAAUCAAAAGCAACCCUUCCUUGGUUUUCAAUCGCUCCAUGACGACCCUGACGCCGUCGUCGUCGGCCGCGGAGGAGAUGUACCGCAACCCCCGAUCGUACCAGCGCAACACCUCCAUCAAUUUCCUGAAUACCUCCAAAUUGAAGGGCAAAGUCCGGAAAAUGUGCUCCCUCUUCGAAUCCCCGAAACGCCACACCUCCUCCUCCUCCUCCACCACCCUCGAAUCGCCCACCUCGCUCUCGCCCUCGCCCUCGCAAUCCCCCUCCCAAUCCCCCACCUCCAACAAAUCCUCUUUCUCCCCGCCCGAUUCCCCUAAUUUGUGGGACUUUUCCCCAAUCCGCCUCCCCGGCACCGAGGACCGCGUCGUCAUCUACUUCACCAGCCUCCGCGGAAUCCGCCGCACCUUCCACGACUGCCAGAGCGUCCGGAUGAUCUUCCGCGGAUUCCGCGUCAAUCUCGAUGAACGCGACGUCUCCAUGGACGUCGCCUACAAGAAUGAGCUCCAGGAAUUGUUUGGAGAGGACGAGGUCGUUACUUUGCCGCAGGUGUUCAUAAAGGGGAAACACAUCGGUGGGGCGGAGAUGGCUUUGAACCUCCUCGAGGUCGGGGAGCUUGUCAGGAUGAUCAAGGGGCUGCCGUUCCGGUCGCUCAAGCCUUGCGACGUCUGCGGUGACAUGAGGUUCAUCGCCUGCGUGAACUGCGGAGGUAGCCGGAAAGUCUACAACGAGGAGAAGGAGCAGACAAAUCAGUGCACGGUUUGCAAUGAGAACGGCCUCAUGCGGUGCCCCCUUUGCAGCUCGUGAAUCACAUUUUGUCAUUUCCUACACAUUUUUAUAAGAAAAGUAAAAGAAUCGGCUCUCUGUAUGUCAUAUCUUUUUUUUCGUUGUUUGUGGCUGGUCUCUUACACGUUUAUGGAUUGAUGGGUUGUAUAUUGCUUAAGCUGAUAAAAAAAAAUGAUGAUUGAGUAUACAUUUUGGAUCAUCCAUAUUUUGCUUA